AUGUCAACACACGCCGCACAACUGCUCGAGCAGCGACUGUUUACUGCCAUCAAGACACAAAUCAUCAGUCUUGCAACGCCUCUUUACGGCACAAGAUCAGAAGACGCAUCAAAGGUCUACGAUGUAGUCACCUACAGCAUGAUCUCCAAUGAUGGUGGCAGUAGCAACGAUAGCAGAAGCACCUUCAACACUGCUAGCAACAGUAGCGACAACGAUGGUGAAGAGAGAAGAGGGCCGACCUACGGCGUGGCUUUGAUUCUCUACACUGGCCCUUCAAGUUCGCCAUUCACAUCAUGGACACUGAUCAGCCAUGUGGAGGAUCAGCCCGACAUCAUCACUGGAGCAAAUUGUCUGUUGGAAGACUUAAGGAAGGGGAUGGGUGGAGUUAUCAGUAACUGGAAGACGAAAUAUGAAAGCAUUCCCAACAUUGCGGGUCUAAGCGAAGGAGGGCAGGAGGGUGAGGAGGAAGUUGAGCAUGAGCAUGGGGGUGACGUAGGGGACAACAGGCGUGGCGCUGAAGGUGGCGGCGGCAGAACGGACGAUGCUAGCGAAAACCUAGCGCAGACCGGCUGGAGUCCAAGGUUGUCGUCCAUCACCGAAGAGUUCUAG